AUGCCGAUGUCAUUCCACACUUUCAUAUUCUUGCUUACUGUAGCAGCUUCUGCCGCAUCUGACUACAAAUAUUCGUAUGGUCACAAAAAAGACCAUGAUUCGUAUGGACAUGAUAAUCAUUACAAAGACGGAGACUACUACGGGUCUUCUGAUAAAGCUCAUGGACACGAUCAUGUCGUUUACUCCGGAGGAGACAAGAGUUCAAAAUCAUCCUAUUAUGGUAAACUAAUUGAUAGCGGCAAACAUAGCAAAGGGGAGCAUCAAGACAAAUCAUCGAACAAAUAUUCGGAUUCCGCCAGCGAUUACGGAAAAGAUGUGAAGGUCAAGACAAAAGGUUAUUUUGACUACAAAUACGUGCAGCCUCAGUACCAUGUUGAAAAAUAUCAUUCGGACGAAAAACAUGUGAAAAAAUACGGUGGAGACGCAUAUUCUAAAGGAGCGAAAGAGCAAGAAAAGGGAGACUACUAUAGCAAGGGAUAUGAUGACUAUCUCAAAGCUCACGGAGAUGAAAAAUCGCAUUAUGUGGACAAAAAGUACGAGGACAUGGACUAUGGCUACAAAAAAGACAAAUACGAUUCUCACCACGUUCGACGUCGUUUCAAUCCAGCAUAUCACGAAAUUGACGAUGUUGGGAUCUCUCAUGGACAUGAUAAGAUUUGUGGCGUAGAUUGCGAGUAUGAGUGUGUUCACGCUCAACUCCAAUAA